UUCAAUGAAGCAUAGUAACUGUGCAUCUGUUAAGAGAUUAUUUUGAGAUUAUAUAUACUUAUGUAUGUUUUUGAAAAACUAGAUGAGCAGCAACAGUAAUAAGAGAGCACCGACGACAGCUACGCAGAGACUUAAACAAGACUACCUUCGAAUUAAGAAAGAUCCAGUGCCUUAUAUCUGUGCAGAACCCCUCCCAUCUAACAUUCUUGAAUGGCACUAUGUUGUACGGGGACCUGAAAUGACUCCAUAUGAAGGUGGCUAUUAUCAUGGGAAACUAAUAUUCCCCAGAGAAUUUCCUUUUAAACCUCCUAGUAUUUAUAUGAUUACUCCUAAUGGAAGGUUUAAGUGUAAUACAAGGUUGUGUCUUUCAAUCACUGAUUUCCACCCUGAUACAUGGAAUCCAGCUUGGUCAGUCUCAACGAUCUUGACGGGCCUUCUUAGUUUUAUGGUGGAAAAGGGCCCCACACUGGGCAGCAUAGAGACCUCAGAGUUCACAAAAAGACAGCUUGCUGCACAAAGCUUAGCAUUUAAUUUAAAAGAUAAAGUCUUCUGUGAACUCUUCCCUGAAGUGGUGGAGGAGAUUAAACAAAAACAGAAAGCACAAGAAGACCUCAGUAACAGACCUCCAUCCCUUCCUUUACCUGAUGUUGUUCCGGAUGGGGAAGCACACUACGGUCAAAAUGGAAUUCCCCUUCUUAAUGGGCAUGUACAAUUGGCACCUGCCAAUCAUCCAGGUCUCCAACAGGCCAAUCGUAACCAUGGACUCUUAGGAGGAGCUUUGGCGAACUUGUUUGUUAUAGUUGGUUUUGCAGCCUUUGCCUACACAGUCAAGUAUGUACUGAGAAGCAUAGCACAAGAAUGAGGAGUAUAGCAGAAAUUCAAGACCAAAAUAGUGAUAGUUGCAGAAUAAGUGGGACUCUUUGGGCAUCUGACUUUGGUACUGGGAUAAAUAUUUGUACUACCAAGUUGCAAGUAAAACAUUGGUUGGCUCAUGGGUUAAGUUUGGAAAGUGGAGUAGGCUCAGUUAGUCGGAAAACUAAAAGAUGUUCUGCUCACAGAUCCUGUUGUCCUUGCUACUGUUCAGUAGUGGCUCACGAACAAGUCAAAGCAUUAUUGAUGAGAAGCUAGCAUUACUAAUGCUUUGAUUUUUAUAGCAUUUCUCUGUUCUGUUAUUUGAAAUUUGAAAAUCUUAAGCAAAUAAGGCUUUUUACUAGAUUGAACAAUUUUUAAAAUUUCACACUUGAUGCAUAUCAUAUUUUAGUUUCAUUAGCAAAGAGUCUGUACAAGGUUUGAAAUGAGUAAAGUGGAGACUUAGUGAGGGUCUGGUUAAUGUGAGCAUUGAUGCUACAGAAGAUAGCUGAUUUCUUUUAUAAAAUAGAAUGAACGUCAUUGCAUAUCUAGUCAGUAGUGAUUAGAUCAGUGGGAAAGUAACACCAUGUGUGUUAAAUGUGUUGUCUAAAUUGUCACAAUAUAAUUUAAGAAGGUUUUAUUUGGGCUACAAGAAGUGCAGUUGUCGUCCUUUAGGAAACAAUUAGCCGGAAAAGAUAUUUGAAUCAGUCUUAGUGGGGAUACUGAUACUUAAUAUUGUUUUGGAUUUGUUCACUUAGUUACAUAUUUCCAUUUUGGGAAAUGUUAUAUUUUAAAACUGUAAUACUUUAUUUUGAACACAAGGUGCCACUGUUUAAAAAUAAUAAAUCUGCACAGAACAAUGAAAAGUUAAUUAUAUUUUCGGAAGAAACUUCUCUGGAUUUCUUGGGCUUUAGUAAAUGAAAAUACAGUAGCCUUUGUGGAGCUAAAAAGACAAAUGUGGCAGAAUACCGAACCAGAUUCUUCAAAAUCAGCUGAAUUCAUCUGAAGUGCCACUAGCUGAAGUGAACUGCUUAGAAUUAGUAUUGCUUACUUUGCUUGAAAAUUUGGGUAAACUGUUUAAAAAAAACAAAAAACAACUCUUUCUAUUUUGCCUGACUUCCCAGAAGCUUUUGGCUUCUAAAUUAAGUUUCUCUCUGUUCCCCUUCAGAUGAUGGAUGACUGAAAUGUCAGUGUUUGUUCCUGAGGUUACGUGAUUGUGGAUAAACACUAAGAAACCUAGUGCAGUUUGACAGUCUGAAGUUACUUUUCCAACUCAGUUCCCCCCCUCCCCCCCGCUUAGUUUUAUCCAAAUGCUUUGACUUAUCAGAGGCAAACUUACUGUGCCUUUCAUAAUUAACAGUGAUGUCUAGUCGUCUGGGGAAGAAUGCCCUCACUGUUAAUGAUCUAACAAACUGUAAAAGGUGGUAGCAGGGUAAAAAGCUCUGCCUCUAACUGCAUAUUCUUUGUUAAAUGUUGUGAAGAGCCCAAUAAAUAUUACCUCAUGUAUUUAAGAAAUUUUUUGAAGCUGUUUUAUUUUCCCUUUCAGAUUUGCUUCAUUGCUCUGCUUCUCCUUGGUAUCUUGAAUUGUAAGGAAAAAAAACCCUGUGGUAAACCCAUGAGCCAUGUAGCUUAGAGCCUCAAUAAAUAAAUACUGUGACCAAUUCUCUGCAAUAGGUAGGAAUUAUCAAAGCUAAUGGAACAGCCCUAUACUAAAGAAAUCUUAAGGCAGAUCUUACUGAGGUAAGGAAGGGAAGAAGGAAAUGGGAUGCAUGGAGGCAGAAUGUGGAAAAGUCUGUAUUUUAAAAUGUAUAAAUUUUGGCUUUUUGAUUUUGUGGUUUUGAUCUAAUCUUAUUUAUAAUUGCUCUUUAAUUUGCCUCUUGUAUGUGCUCAAGCAACUCUCUUAAGAGAAGCACCAGUUGUAUCUGUGUCCAAAAACAGUUAUGUUCUGUCAGUCUGGGGAUGCAUGGGAGGGAAAGGGGAAUGUCAUGUCUUUCCUGGAGUGAUAGAAUUUUCAAGAUGGCUUGUAAGACUGAUAUAUUUAUUUAUUUUUCUUCUUCAAAGCAUAAAAGCCUGUAGCUGGGGCUGCUAUGCCUUAUAGAGCUUAGAAUCUUUCAAACAUGUUUGUGUUCUCACAAUGCCUUUUUCUAUCAUUGCCUACAGAUAGAAGUUUACAAGUAGUUAUCUAUGUUUGUCUCCUCAUGGAAGUUUUUACCCACGUAAAUGAAGACAAAGGCAAGGAGACCUUGGGCAUGGUGUAUUCAUAUCUUUUGUGAAAUGUAACUAACCAAGGUAAAAGAACUAGUAAAAUCAGAAGAUGUUGAUUUCUUAUAAAAGGCAUUUUAUUAUGUGACAAGAAGUUGGCCUUAAGCUACCCCUAGGCAUCUGAAAGUGGGUCUCUUGCUUGUAGUAAAUGCCACUUUUUUUUUUAAUUUUUUUGGGAACGUAUCUUCCAAAAACAGUUUCUCUUCAGUACCCAGGAUUCAGAGAAAGACUUGACUGUCAUUUCAGGUGCCAUUUGUGAAAAGUUAGAAAGAACAGAUGGCUGAACCCUUGCACUCUCGCUUUCAAGACUUUCAUAUAUGUCUUUACUCCUUGCCUUUGGUAACAGAAGAUUUAUUUACUCCUGUGUAGGUUGUACUAAUUUUUGAAAAAGGCUUUUAUUAACAGUAUGCAGUAUCUGAUCUUUUUGUUACCAAAGCCAGUAGAUGAAACAAACCGUUCUUUGCCACACAAAAAUGUUAUUGUGCCCUGAAGCAGUACAUUACUUAAUAUAUUAAAACUAAAAUCUGUCCUUUCAUGUAUGAUGCUAGAACAAGUGUCUGAUCCUUCACUUUCAUGCUGCAGCUUCAUAGAUUUUAUGUAGGAUUGGCAUACACAGAUGGUAGGGAAGUUUUUUGACUUGAAUCGUGAGACUUCUCGGUGGUAGCCUUUAAAAAUCUCUUGAUUUUAAAAAUCUUGGAUUUGUGUGUAGUCAUAACUUCCCCCUCCCCGCCCCAAGAUUUCAAAGUCACAGAAGUUACGACACUUAGCAUGUACUGAGGAGUAGAAAUGACUGCAUUGUAAAGUUUUGUUCAUAAUAAACAUUCAUAUUAAAAUUCA